AUGGAUUUAAUACAUCAAGAAAUCCAACUCAGCCUUGACCAGUAUUCCAGGUUGGAAAAGCUUCAUCUCCACUUUAACCUACCAGAGCAGGCCAUUAUCUGUACGCUAUGUGGUUACGCGCUUGCAACAGACGAUGACCGCGUCGGGCGUCACCUUGGAGAGAAGCAUCAUAUCCCUAAAGGGGCUCGCCGGAAGCUCAACGCAUUAAUCAACUCACUUCAACUUCCCAGUCCGGAGACGCUCCCUAAGCGACCAGAUGGUUCUGCGCCCCAUCCUCACCUGCAGAUCCAGGAAGGCAAGGCUUAUAGGCACUGUGGCCUACGUUCCACAAGCUUGACUAUUCUGUCGCGACACGUCAGAAAGCUUCACAAACGUGAAAUUGCAGCCACAAGAAGUACCGGCAAGCAUUGGCUGCGAGAUCAUAUCGUUGAUAACCUCGCAUUCCAGAGCUGGACAUUGAAGGAUAUCAAAAGGGCCUGGACCAUAACGCCCCUAAGAGCUUCGACACAGAGAUCCAAGAAAUCAGACAACAGACUCCUACAGCCAGUCCCGGAUCCUAUACAGCGCCUUGCAGAUCAGCUAUUACAUGAAGAACGCACUCGCUCGGAGCUACACUCCGCCACUCUCAACCCCCCAACCGAUGGCGAUGUGCUGUCUACGCAAGCUUUGCUGACAAACUGGAUGCGCCGAACUGGCUGGGAUCGAACUUUCGAGGGUGCGGACUGCCAAAUCCUCAUUUCCUUAUCUAGCUUGCCCAUGCCAUCAUCCCAGCCGCUCUACCUAGGGAUGCACCGUGGCGGGCACGAGCUCAGCAGCUCGGCGAUAGACGAGAACAGGCUCUUAUCCAUCGUCGCAGCGCUAGACCGGCUCUUUGACCAGUGCGGCGAGACAGUGAGAUUCACUGAUGUCAGCGUUCGGCGAUGGCUGCGUAGCCGCUUCACGGAUCGCCCCUACAAGGCGCCGUUCGAGCUCGUAUCCCAGUCAAACUCCGAAAGGACAUACAGGAACGAGUUCAAGCGCUGCAUCUGCUUCUGGCUGCGUGUCUGGCGACUUCCGAGAGCCAUAUCUCGUGCCGUCACGGGCCGCAUCUUCACAACACAUCAACGUAGGAUAUUGGAAGAACUAUGGCUUGACUCUUGUUGGACUCCUUGCGACAACGAAGACCAGAAUGCCGAGAAUGCAUAUGCGGGCUCUGCUCUCUGGCUCCGUCAAGAAAACCUUGGUUCUGAAGUUGGUCAAGGAGAAGGGGAAGAAGAAGAAGAAGAAGAAGAAGAAGAAGAAGAAGAAGAAGAAGAAGAAGAAGAAGAAGAAGAAGAGGAUGUUGAUGAUGAUGAUGAUGAAGGGUCUGAAUUCUCCAAGUCUGAGGAUACAGCAAGUGAUGCCCUAUAUGGCGAGGGUUCAAGCGAUGAAGAAUAUGGUUCUGACAACCAAGAGACAGAUAACAGUUGUGAUCCAUCCGUGGAUGCUGUGCUGCGAUUCUAUUAUGAAAUGGUUACCGAACACUUCGAAGAUGGAAGGGCAAGCUCAGCCCUGCUCGUCUACUUCAGUGCUAUCCGGGGAUUAUCAAGGCAGGAAGGGAACGAAUAUCUGCGACCCGCCCGAUAUACCCCCAUUCUCUCCAGGCUGAUCUACUACACUCGGUUAAUCUUCCUCGAGGCCAUCCUGCCUCUUCGUGCUCAUACGUAUACCGGAUUUGCGGCCAGGCCCCGCUACGGCCAGCUUGCAGCCCUCAAUGCGGUUCGCGUCGACCAGAUGUGUGACGGCACUAUGUCGCCACUUGGCGAGUUCCUCAGCCUCUUGGCGUAUGGGUUGACCCUUCAACGAAGUGAAGGCCCCGCGUGGCACUUUGACUGGAGCGAGGAUGGACAGACGAUCUCAUGGGACGGAGACACACGGCUGUCCAUGGGACAGUUCCGCAGCCUAGCCCAUGAGGCAUUUCGCCAAGCUACCGUCCAGUCUCGGCGCUUGAUGUACGACUUCGAUCCAGAGGACCCGCAGAUGGGAAGCUUGCGUGAUAGGCUAUCGAAUACGACUCCCGGCUAUUCCUUCCUCACAGACCCUCAUAACGGGCUCGGGGAGUUAUACCUGACGGUCUUCAUGCGGGCCUGCACAGCUCCCGUGGACGGUCUGCUCCAGACGCGGCAUGGCGACGGCCAGGGCAGCUGGGACGUGGAUGCAGCACAGGCAUACCUGCACGGGCAUGAUACCCUUCUCAAGAACCUCAUGGUUCUCGAGCAGCUAGACAGCGGCCAGGCUGCGCGAGUCUCGGAGCUGCUGACUCUGGAACGGACGAACACAAGGUCGAGGCUCCGAGGCAUCGGGAUCUUCGGCGGGCAGAUGUUCUCCAUAACUCGCCACAACAAGGCUCGCCUCACCACAAACCGCGAGUUCCAGGUCGCACGGUUCUUUUCCCCCCAGGUUGCAGCAUUGAUGUAUCGAUAUCUUGUCUAUAUACGUCCGACCGCCUACGCCAUCCUACGUCAAUGCUUCAGGCAUGAGCCGGAUAGGACGCUCAUCUUUACACCCAUCUCAAGGAGUACCGGGUGGACCACCAAGGUAUUCACAGAAGAACUUAAACGCCUGAGCCGAGAUGCUCUGGGCACCGAGAUGGAGAUUGGCGUUCGGCUCUACCGUCAAUUAUCGAUCGCCAUCACCGAGCGGCAUGUUCGCGGAGCUCUUCCAACCUUCAACCGGUUUGAUGACGUGACCGAAGCAGCCGAUCCGGACGUUGCAUUUGCAUGGCAGAGUGGCCAUCGUCCAAUGCAGCGCCAUUUAAUCUACGGCCUAGAUGGCGCGUUUCCGGACAAGUUGCAGCCAUCACUGCUCAGACUGUAUGCACGCUGCUCUGAGAAAUGGCAUAGCUUCCUCAUGAUCGGACCCGAGGCGCCA